AUGUGGAAGCCUCGGACAAACUUUAUCACCUUGCAUUAUGCAUAUAUCCUCUUCCUCAGUAUCUUGGGUGUGAUCGUUCUCUAUCCAUAUGGCAACUUAAGUGCAAUCGAUGCCUACUUCUUUGGGGCCAGCGCUGCGACAGAGUCUGGCCUAAACCCUGUCAAUGUCAAUAAUCUCAAGACCUACCAGCAACUGUUCAUCUAUUUUGUUCCCAUGGUGUCGAACUUAUGUUUUGUCAACAUUCUGGUUGUCGUUGUGCGGCUGUACUGGUUCGAAAAGCGCUUGAAAAAGAUAGGACCAUCUAUUCUGUAUCCCAGAUCAAGCUCGGCAGGCCACCCAGGUCAUCCUCAUGAUGCAGAAGUUCAGUUGCACAAAGCCGAAGAAGGUCAAAUAUCAGGACCAGAGUCUGCCCAAACAUUCCAGGAUACAUCAUGUGGAACUCAAAGUUCGAAGGAGGAAUCGAAGAACACGAUUGCGAAUGCAGCCAACAGCUCAGGCUUGAACCAAGCCAAUCCUUCUAGAAUUCCAAUACUGGAAGUGGACGGGCCAUCACAUGAGAAUGGUGCAGAAUCAACCGAGAGAGAAGAGCCAGAUACUAAAGACGGUCGUCGUCUGCGCGAUGCUAUUUCCAGUAGCAUACCUCUUGAACAUGUUGCCUCUUCGGUCUUUGUGCUUGGAAAGCAGUCCAAAACAUCCAACGAGCCACGCCUUCAGAGUACGAUUUCACUUUCCAAAGACUCCAACAUUCCAGGUCUCUCGUCACAGGCUACACUCGGCAGGAACUCGCAGUUUUACAACUUGACGGACGAGGAUCGGGCACAACUGGGUGGCAUUGAAUAUCGCAGCCUCAAAAUCCUGUUGAAGAUUGUGAUCGGUUAUUUCUUUGGGCUUCAUAUAUUUGGGGCAAUUUGCUUAGUUGGCUGGAUUCAAUAUGCAAACCCAAAGUAUAGGAGCUACCUCGCGGAAUGUGGACAAAACCAUAUCUGGUGGGCUUUCUACUCGGCGCAAACGAUGGUCGAUAAUCUGGGGCUUACACUCACCCCGGAUUCCAUGAUCUCCUUCCAAGCUGCGACCUUUCCCAUGAUAGUAAUGAGCUUCCUCGCAUACGCCGGUAACACCAUCUACCCCUGUCUCCUCCGUCUCGUCAUCUGGACGUUAUUCAAAUGCGUUCCGCAGCAGUCGUCACUCAAGGAACCGCUUGCUUUCCUCUUGAAUUACCCUCGUCGGUGUUACACGCUCCUCUUCCGGAGUAAACCUACCUGGAUUCUUUUCGGGAUUGUCUUUGUCCUCAAUUUUGUCGAUGUUCUUUUGAUUAUCGUGUUGGAUCUCCACAAUCCCGCCGUGAAUAACCUUCCUAUCGGCCCACGGAUUCUAGCGGCCAUCUUUCAGGCAGCGUCGGCGCGACACACAGGCACAUCUACAUUCAACCUGGCCAAGGUCAAUCCCGCCGUUCAGUUUAGCCUCCUAGUCAUGAUGUACAUUGCCAUAUUCCCGAUCGCCAUCAGCAUUCGCGCAUCGAACACCUAUGAGGAGAGUGCACUCGGCUUGUAUUCAAGGGAACAAGAGAUUGAUGAAAACGACGGCACAAAUUACGUGCUGGCCCAUGUGCGGAACCAACUCAGUUUCGACUUGUGGUACAUAUUCCUCGGAAUAUUCUGCAUCUGCAUUGCCGAGGCCAACAGAAUUAUGGAUCCAGCUGAAGCGCAAUCUUUUUCCGUGUUUGCAGUGUUUUUCGAAGUUGUUUCGGCGUAUGGCAAUGUCGGUCUCAGCCUAGGGUAUCCUACGGUCGCAACCUCGUUGAGCGGACAGUUCUCGACCUUCAGCAAAGUUGUUAUCUGUGCGAUGAUGAUCCGAGGGCGACACCGCGGUCUCCCUUACUCGCUCGACCGGGCGAUUCUACUUCCCAAUGACCGCCUGGUUGCGGAUCAUAACGAUGAAUCUCGGCCUGAUGCUCGACCGUAUGUCAACAACCGUAGUGGUCUGGGUUUGAAUGACAGCGGACAGAUGAAGUUCAGACGGUCCUAUACCAAAUAG